AUGACCAUCGACGGAGUCGCCCCCAAGCCUGAUCCCAUUGACUCGGAAUCGGGAUGGAACGAAAAGCGAUUUGAGGACGAGAAGCCACGCUACGUGGAUGCAUUUGGAGAUGAGUCCAAUGCUGAAGUUAAAUACAAGACGAUGGAAUGGUGGCAAACUGGAAUGUUCAUGAUUGCCGAAUCGGUUUCUCUCGGUGUUCUAUCAUUGCCGGCAACCCUUGCUCAAUUGGGCCUUGCUCCGGCUCUUGUUUUGAUCAUUGGCCUCGGCCUUCUCGCUACCUAUACUGGUUACGUGAUUGGACAAUUUCACCACCGAUAUCCCCAUAUCCAGAACUUGGCUGAUGCCGGCGAGGUUUUGCUCGGCGCAUUCGGCCGCGAAUUAUUCGGCAUUGGCCAACUGCUGUUCUCCAUUUUCAUCAUGGGAAGCCAUAUCCUGACAUUUAGCGUCAUGAUGAACACUAUCACCGAGCACGGCACCUGCACGAUGGUCUUCACGACGGUUGGAUUCGUGAUCUGCAUGGUCUGCUCGCUGCCUCGUACCAUGAAGAACAUGACUUAUAUUUCUUGCACUUCUUUUGUGAGCAUCUUCACUGCUGUGAUAAUCACUAUGGUGGGAGUGGGUGUCCAGGGCCGUGGGUACAACAUCAUUAAAGCCACAGUGGACACCGACCUCUAUCAUGCCUUCACUGCCGUGACUAACAUUGUCUUUGCCUACUGUGCACACGUUGCCUUCUUUGGCCUUCUUGCCGAGAUGAGGGAGCCUAGGGAUUUCCCCAAGGCUUUGUAUAUGUUGCAGACUUUCGAGAUCAUCUUCUAUACUGUUGCUGCUGUCGUCAUUUACUACUAUGCGGGCCAGUCUGUCGAGUCUCCGGCCUUGGGAUCUGCCGGUCCUGUAUUGAAGAAGGUUGCCUACGGCAUUGCUAUUCCUACUAUUGUGGGUGCUGGUGUCGUCAACGGCCACAUUGGACUUAAGUACAUCUAUGUCCGACUCUUCCGUGGAACUGACAGGAUGCACCGCCGUGACCUUGUUUCGAUUGGCUCUUGGGUCGCAAUUGGCCUGAGUUGCUGGAUCAUCGCCUGGAUCAUCGCCGACGCCAUUCCUGUGUUUAGUGAUCUUCUCAGUCUCAUUAGUUCGCUUUUCGCUAGCUGGUUUAGCUACGGCCUUGGAGGUGUGUACUGGCUUCACCUUAAUUGGGGUAAAUGGUUUUCGUCCCCAAGAAAAGUUUGCUUGACUAUUAUCAAUGUUUUGAUUGUCUUGAUCGGGGGUUGCAUGUGCGGUCUCGGCCUCUACGUCUCUGGCAGGGCGAUUCACGACGAUGCCUCUAGCAACAGCUUCUCGUGCGCUAGCAACGCAUGA